GGGGCAGUGUUGGGUCGCAGUGGCUUGGUGGUUCAACUUCCGGUUGGCUUGAAACGAAGAAGACGGUAAACAAAUAUGGCGGACAGACUAACGCAGCUACAAGACGCCGUCAAUUCGCUCGCAGAUCAGUUUUGUAACGCCAUCGGGGUGCUUCAACAGUCUGCUCCGCCUGCCUCCUUCAGCAACAUCCAGACGUCCAUAAACAGCGACCAGCCUGCCAACCAAACUGAAGAAUAUGCUCAGCUGUUUGCAGCCCUGAUUGCCAGGACGGCCAAAGAUGUGGACGUACUUAUCGACUCUUUGCCGAGUGAGGAGUCUACAGCAGUUCUGCAGGCGGCCAGUCUGCGGCAGCUAGAAGAGGAGAAUCACGAGGCGGCAACCCGUCUGAUGGACGUUGUCACCCGCGGCGACAUGUUGCUGGAGAAGAUCCAGAGUGCCCUGGCGGACAUCGCUCAGUCGCAGCUGCGCACCCGCAACGGAGCUCCCAGCCAGGGUUCACCUGCCGAAUCCUGACAGCCCAAUUCCACACAUUUGACCCACACAACAAUGCUGGAUCUAAAUGCUGAUGACAUCACCACUACACACACUAAAAUGUGGACAAAUUCAGCGGAGAAAAUAGUCUGACUUCAUUUCUGUAUAUACAGACAGGUGGGAUUUUUUUGUAUCUUUUGUCAAUGUAUAUUGUUUUUGUAAAUAUUUACAAAAGUAUAAGGAAGUGGAUUGGCAAUUUCAGCCUGUGGCUUUUAUAUGUUAAAUAAAGUGCAAUUAAAUAA